AUGACGAGCAGGGAGAGCUGCAGCCUGGACGAGGGGGCGGUGGUGGCCGCUACCGAUUGGGCGAACGGAAUGCUGGGCCAGAACAAGUCCGUCGAGCUGCGCCUGCGCCCGCGCACAAGCAACAACACCAACCGCAACAGCCACGUCAACAUCGAAGAUGAUCACAGUCACAGCAACUCCGGCAAGGCCAAGGAGGAAGAGGGAUGCAACUCGAGCGACGCUAUGGGCCGGACUGGGAUCUUAAACGACCAGGAUAUCACCCGGCGAAUGGAGCUUCUAGCCAACAACCCGGAGGCGCACGAGGUACCCCAGCCGCCGCCGUGCAACUCUCUGGCCAGGCGCGGGCUGCGCUAUCUCAGCCUGGCCGCCAUACUGGUCGCUUGGCUGUGGCUCACUUCGCUCGAGGCCAAGAUCCGCGCUGUGAUGGUGGCCCUCACCUUCUCCGCCAUCGAGUUCCACUUCCGAGCCGUGACCCGCCCCAGUGCCGCCGAGCUCAACAAGACGAUCCUCAACUCCACCUCCACCAUCAACUCCAACCCCGGCGAGCGGGACAUGCGGAGAGCCAUUGGCCUGGCCCAGGUCGGGCGUGUGAGUUCGACCGACCAGCUGCGGGCUCUGGUGUCGACGGCCCGAGCGCGCCUGGCCCAAUCGCACCUGCGUACCAACGGCCACACGACGUGGGAGCAGUUCUGGGCCAACGUGUUCUACGGCCCGAUCAUGAACGACUUCUACCGCCACCACCUCUUCGCCCUGGCCCUCCCCUCCUUUCUCGCGUGGGACCCUCUCGCGCAGGCCCUCCUCCUCACCCUCUUCUACCCACUCAACAUAUGGGUGGCAGAGGUGGUGAUGGGGUACUACUUGUCGCGCGUGUGGCGUAGGCGGGCGUGGUACUAUCGGGGCAGGUGGGCGCGGCUCGACGGCAACAUCACACUCGCCUACGGCCCGCUCUGGCACCUGCUCGGUGGGCUCUACGCGGUGGGCUAUCCGCUGGUCUAUGCGCCCGCGCCGGCCUUCCUCGCCUCCCUCCUCGUCAUGUAG